AUGAUUUGCCUUUAUGAAUGUAUUUUAGAAACCGAAGAACCAUGUAAACAAGUCCAAGAAGGAAACGAAAACCCAGCAGCAAGUCAAGGCGCCUGCGGGACUUCUGCAUAUGCAAAACGAGGUAACUGAUGUAACGUGGCUGUCACAAAAAUAUUACAUAAAAGGGCCGGUCUGGCAUCAAGGCCAUUUUUUUAAACAGUGUGGAUUGUUGUUAUCGUCCACGAAACUCGAUUAUAUACAGGUUGAAAGGGUGUGACUGGAAUUUGUUACUUGCUUAGAAAUCUUCUUUAUUAGAGGUUAUUGCAUCUCAGAGCUGAAUUCCCAAGACGUAUAAAAACGUAAGGAUUUAACCUUGGAGUGAAUGACAUACCGAGAAAACCGAAACCACCCACUAAAAUGACGAAGACAGCGAACAGCGUUGCUCUAAUUUUGAAUAUAAGUUCGAGGUUGAUGACAUAUGCCGAUCAUUUGCCUUCAUAUACCAACGAACGACGUUACGGUUCGACAAGAAUUUCAUACGAAUACCAAGGCAGAAGCUCGUGUUUACUAUUGCUGGGUUAGUAUGCAAAGUACACUCCAAACGAACAGAACAACAUAACGGGUAUUUCCAGCUCAAGCACUAAGACGGGUUCCUAAGUCCCGUCCUAUACUUUUCGCUACGUUUUUUCGUUUUAGAGUAUAUUGAGUCCCUCUUCCUUUUGUUUUAAGAUGACCAUCUCAACAAACAAGGUAAAAAAGGACGCGGGAGAGGAGCACCGUUGAGCCGUGGAAAGGAACAGCCGAUGCCUUCAAAAGGGAGAGGAAAGCAUUCAGGUGAGACAAAAUAUGAACUACCCGUUCCUGCCUAAAGCAGUCUCCUCAUGCCACUUCUAAUUGUUUUAAAUUUCUGCAAUUCGCUAAUUUUAUACACCCUCCGCACUUGUCGAGGAACAAGUAUGCCAAACAGAAACAUUGAAACCAAAGGAUUAGCUUGCGAUCUGCAGGAAGUCCGUUGAAUCGCCACAAGUCAGUUUUUAGAGGCAGGAGUCUUACGACCUAACGCUGAAUAGAGCAUGUACGCCUAAAGCAACAAGUAGUAAACUUGAACAGGAGAACAGUUUGUAUUUGUAAUCUUAUGACGGUGCAUUACUUUAACGCUGGGAAAAAAUCUUUUUUCUGGGACUAAAAUUUGUAUUGUUUUCUCAACCAAUCGGCGCCCGGCAUAUUAGAUGACCGUCAAUCAAAAUACCCACCACGCUUUGACACCACUAUAUUUUACAACAGUUUUCUGAAAUAGCGCUCGUCCACUCGGCAAACUCAAGUGAAUACAAAUGUUACUUCACGUCAAAUUAUUACACCUUCAAGUGAAUAAAAGCUAGAGUACUUGCCUUUAUGAGGGGUAUCAGUACUCGCGUCAGAAAGUUGAAGAACGAUACACAGUGAAUACACCACAUAAUUACGUCUCUCGUUGAACUAGCCAAACCAAAGAGAGUGUUGUGUAAGGUAACUUAAAGCGUCGUGCAACACUACUACCCAACCAAAGUCCUCAUAAAUUGAAUCAGGAGGGUGAUAGGGUCCUGAUUGAAUCCCUUAAGAAAAUGUCUCAAAUACUACUUAAGCAGAGUAACCAACAAAGUAGCAGAAAAAAAAAUCAAACUUUAGAGAGUUUGCAGUUUUGUACUUCACAGGAUCGUUAGUCACGCCCGGAUAAGCUGUUAUGACGUGGGCGUCCAGUAGCUUGUCAUGAUCCGAUCUGGAUCCACUGCACUCAACAAAGACCUUCGGCUAAUUUACAUUGAUAUACCUGGUAAACUAUUGGAAACUUUUUCUCCAACUUAAUCAGGUGCUGGAGGACAGACGGGAAAAAGAGAAAAUGGAACGUCAGUAAGAAGUCAACAAAGAAGAACUGGAGAGACUGCUGACAACACACCAAUUAAAAAACAAGUAAAUGGUAGGGAAUUAUCAACACACAAGUUAAGGUAGCCCGUACACAGACGUUGUUUUUAUCUCUUUCCGUUCUUUUCGAAAACAUCUGCGAGUCCAUGUUUCUUCUUCCCCCACCACUACCCCCUUGCGCUGACGGUCAAUAAUUCCCUGCGGUUUAUAUUUUAUCACCCGCGCUCGACGGACUUUUUAAGAGCAAAUAGAGGGUCUGUGAACAGGCUAAAGUUAAAGUAGACAGUUAAUUAAAACCAAAAUCAGUCGACUCUGAUACACAGCCACAAGUCAAGAAACAAAAGAAAUUCACCAUUUCCGUGUUAGGCCCAAUGAUAAUGUUUGAAAAUAUUUCAAAUUCAAUUUUUUUUGUUUUAUUUCCAGACAGACUGUAUUCCUAUACUGUUUUGUCUUUUCAUCUAAUUUCAUUUUAAUUCUUUUUUGCCAUUAUGGAUUUUAGUUUCCGUUUUUACUUCUGUGUUGUUACAGUAUGCUACGUUUCUCUAUGUUUUCCACUAUGUAAGCGGGCACGUGUCGAUCGCGUGUCGCAAUCACGAUCGUAAUCAUUUACGUAGGUUAUAUUUUAAAAUGGAACCAUUCCGAACCAUUGACACUGAAAUCAAAGUAGCACUGUACUCUUGAAGACGACAGUGACAGCCGAAACCUCGGGAAAGGCUAUUCACAGUCUUCCGUGAUAAUUUGGAAUUGGAUUCUUGACCAUCACAUUAUUAUCCUAAAAAAAUGUCAAGUCUCCAAGAUCACUGCAAGUGCAAGAUUGACUACGUCUUCAUACAGCAAUACUAGUCUGGGUCCAUAAAAACUCAAAACGAACUUGUCCAAUAUGCAGCCAUCUUGACUUAACACAUAUACGUUAUAUGUUAUACCUUUUUACGAUUGUGAUCGCGUCAAAAAAGGCGAUUCACGUCACAGUGCGCACUAGGUAAGAAAGUGAAGGAAUGUAACGUUGUUAAGAAGGUACUUUUAGAGCAGUGCCUAGAGGUGUCACGCUUUCUCUCCCAGAAGGGCAAGUCCAUAUUAAACUAAGGUUAAACAUUUAACAUAAAAUCUGUUCUCCUAUUUGUGUUAAUGGUUUUUAUCCGUAAAAAAUGAAAAACAAAAAUAAACAUAAAUGCGUUUUUCUCUUGAUGCAGAUGCAACAAGCCAAAAUGAAGAAUCUGGUAGAUCUGGUGUUGUGAACAAAAAUAAAGGAGUAACAACAAGGAAAAAAUAUCCCUCCCUCGAUCCCAAAAUCUUGAAAGAGAAGGAAAGUACAGAAGUGGUCCACAAGCUGACUGAGGGUAUGCCUCUGCUGAAGUUCUAUCUUCGAUCACAAGAGGAGCAGCACAACAGCGAUGAAUUCAUUUUCAACCUCAUUUGCACUUUAGCUAAGGCAUGUAAAGCGCCACCAGGCAAAAAUACUAAUAAGGUAUUAGCUGCACUUAAAGGUUCUGUAUUCUUACUCUCAAAGAUUCCCUACUUGCUUGAUCGCGUUGCGGCGUCAACGGCCUUGAAUGACCAAGCUUCUCGACAAAGGCUCACUCAAUGUCUCAUCAUUAUCUUUAUGAAGUUCUUAACGCACUUGCCCAGUUCAUAUUCCGACCUGCCUUACGCUCAAUUGAAGGCAACGUUAGAUCAUUUAGCAAUAGAAGAAAAAGAACAGCUACAGAAAGAGUUGGAUGCUUUUAAGCACGCAAGAGAUGAAAUAAUCAGAGCUGAAAGACAGAAACACGGACAACGGUAUAGAGUGGGAGAAAAACCCCCAAAUGAUUACAGAGACAUACCUAUUUGUCCCACAAUCAAAGAAAUCACAACUCAAGAACGACCUUUCUUACGUAAGAACAUUUUAAGAGGACGGUACGAGAACACCGAGCACUAUCUUGAUGUGCAGUUUCGACUGCUUCGGGAAGACUUUCUUGAACCACUAAGGGAAGGCAUUCAAGAAAUCGUCCAAAACAUACCAAGACAAGAGCGAAAACAAUUGAUGAAAAACUAUUGCGGGGUACGGAUCAUUGGCAAGGAGUACACGUGGGCUGGGGUCAUUCAUCAACUGAAAAUUGAUGUUUCAGGAAUAGACACCAGCAGGUGGGCACAUUCCAAACGACUCAUGUAUGGUUCAUUCCUUUGUCUUUCGACCGACAACUUCAAAACGAUGUUAUUCGCGACAGUUUGUGACCGAGAUCCAGAGAAAGUGACGAGAGGACGAAUAGACGUUCAGUUUAUCGAAGAGCAACAGGUCUUGGGUGUAGAGAACAGCAAUUGCGUUUACCAAAUGGUCGAGUCACCUGCCUACUUUGAAGCCUACCGUUAUGUCCUUAAAGGGUUGAAAGAAUUAGAUGAAUCAAACUUGCCGUUUAAAAAAUAUCUGAUUGAAUGCAGUGCUGAAGUUGACCCACCAGAGUAUUUAAGACGCAGUGAUACAGAAAAGCCGGUAUGCUAUAAUCUUAGUAAGGCUCUGAGGGUAUCAAAGGCCACAUCAGUGCCUGUUCUUCAACCUGCAGCUUGGCCCUCUGCUAAAACGCUUUCCAUGAACAGCUCCCAGCUUGAAGCUUUGAGAACAGCAAUUACAACUGAGUUCUCUGUGAUACAGGGUCCUCCGGGAACUGGGAAGACUUACGUUGGAGCUAAGAUUGUAAGAUGUUUACUUGAAAAUCGACGCGCUUGGGAUCCUCGUCACACCUCGCCGAUGCUGAUGGUCUGCUACACAAACCAUGCACUAGACCAGUUUUUGGAAAAGGUUCUGAAUUUUUUACCGAGUCAAAAAAUAAUACGGGUUGGAGGAAGAAGCAAAAGCGAGAAACUA